AUGUCGGGACUGUUUGGUCAAUCGCAGCAGAUUGGUGGUGGAUUAUUUGGCCAAUCUAACCAACAGUCUGGGGGAGGGUUAUUCGGGUCAACAUCGCAACAGCCAACCCAAACAUGCAGCGGAUUAUUUGGAUCAUCUCCAGCUCCCGCAAAUAGUAGUAUUUUCGGUUCAAAUACACAGUCUGCUGCUUCUAGCGGUGGGAUUUUUGGUUCAUCCACAGCUCCAGUUAAUAGCGGAGGCGGCAUUUUUGGUCAAUCUAACACUAAUGUUAGCAGUGGUAGUGGAUUAUUUGGCGGUGGAAAUACUACAGGUCAAUCUGGUGGGGGUAUUUUUGGUUCAUCAACUACUUCGGCUCCAGCAUCAGGAGGAGGGUUAUUCGGCCAAACUGGAACCACUACCAGUGGAGGAGGUGGAUUAUUUACCUCAUCUUUUGCGCCAGCGCCAAGUAGUGGCGGACUAUUCGGGCAGCCAUCCACACCUGCGACAAGCGGCACUGGAUUGUUUUCUAGUACCAGUACGACUCAACCAAGUUCGGGAGCGGGGCUAUUUGGUUCAAGUACUACUCCAGCUAGUGGAAGCGGUGGUCUUUUUGGUCAACCUAGCACUUCAACGACAACUAGUGGUGGUAUUUUUGGUUCAUCAACUACUUCGGCUCCAGCAUCAGGAGGAGGGUUAUUUGGCCAAACAGGAACCCCUGCCAGUGGAAGCAGUGGCAUAUUUGGCUCAACAAAUACCACAACCUCGGCCUCAGGGACUGGAUUGUUCGGUUCGACGUCAACAACUCCACAGCCUGGCAGUGGUAGUGGAUUAUUUGGCGGUGGAAAUACUACAGGUCAAUCUGGUGGGGGUAUUUUUGGUUCAUCAACUACUUCGGCUCCAGCAUCAGGAGGAGGGUUAUUCGGCCAAACUGGAACCACUACCAGUGGAGGUAAUUUAUUUGGCACCACCAGCACUACAACACCGGCGCCUGCUAGCGGUGGACUAUUCGGUUCUUCUUCUACUACGUCCACAACAACUCCAACACAAGCAACAACUACAGUAGGAGGGGGAGGGUUGUUUGGCACUGCAAGUGCAACUACUGCGCCGGCGUCUGGUGGAUUAUUUGGCACCACCAGCACCACAACACCGGCGCCUGCUAGCGGUGGACUAUUCGGUUCUUCUUCUACUACGUCCACAACUCCAACACAAGCAACAACUACAGUAGGAGGGGGAGGGUUGUUUGGCACUGCAAGUGCAACUACUGCGCCGGUGUCUGGUGGAUUAUUUGGCACCACCAGCACUACAACACCGGCGCCUGCUAACAACACUACUCCUGCUAACACUACAACUGUGCCAACUGCCAUACUAACAACUAGUACACCGUCCCCUGCUACCGAUGGUUUAUUUGGAUCGACCGACGUUACAACUACUACUGAUUCCACAACUAAACUCGUUGGCACUAGCCCUUUUGAAAAACAAACAGAUUCGGGGCCGGAUGUCACUGCCGCUACUAACGAUACGCCUAACGCAUUUAUCACAGAUAAGCCAACAGCUGGAGGAGAUCUCAAAGGCCAAGUUGAGUUGUCAUUUUCGUCUGUGGAGCAUGAAUGUGUGCAAGACCUACUUUCUAACUGGGAGAAGAGAAUGGAAGUCAAGAUACAAAGGUUUACUGAGUUUGCUCAAGACAUACAGAGGAUCGAUCGCGAUCUAAUACUACAAACAGAAAAGUUACAAGUAUUGUUGGAUGAGCAAGCAACUGUUCAGGAAAGACAGAACCAAGUACAGGAGAUGAUCCAAGUUAUUGAGAAGGAACAGCAACAGGUGCUAGAAUCGUUGGAUAUAAUGGAUACUGCGCUUGAGACGUUGUUGGGUCCAGAUAAGAAAAUAACCAGUAAGAGUGGCGAAACUAUAGAUUUCGUCUCCAACAAAUUGCGGGAUUUAGAAGCUCAAUUAAAGGCCGCACAUGAUGUGGUGGAUUCUGUGGUUAAAGCUUCGCAACCGGAGCCCCUGGCUAAUGUUGCUAAAGUGUUUGCAUUCCACCAGGACACUAUUGAAAAUAUCCAGCUUCAGACAUCGGAGAUUGAGAAGAAACUUGACGCUAUUAAGCAGCAGCAAGCAGUCUAA